AUGGCUCCGAAAGCAUUGACGGAUUGCCCCGAGAACCUUCGAGAGGCAAUUGACUGGCUCAUCCAAGUGAAGCAAGGACACGGGAUCCCUAGGCUGUCCGAGGCUCUCGGUAAGUUGUUUGACAAUGUUAUUCAGGACGCUGAAAGGUCUUUGUCGUCUCUCUCCGAAGCAGAUGAGCCGUCCGCCGGAGAUGUUAUCUCCAAGCUUCAAGGGUUUCGGAGCUCUUUUCCGAAAGACUCUGCGAAUUCUAAUAAAAACAUUUUACAUAAUGUCUGUUCCUCCCUUGAGAGGUUUUUAGGUUAUCGGUCACCCGGAACCUACGAUGGUUCCGGGAUUGUGUAUGGCUCCGCUUCCCGUUUGUGCGAUGCCAUUGUGACGUUUUUGUAUAGAGUGAUCAGUGAUGUCCGUGAUAAUCAACCGUACGUUGUUGGUAGAGUUUUGUUAGGUGGCCUAGUUGGUGACCUUGUAAAGGCGAGGUGGACUGGCCACCAUGGCUUCAAGGCUGUCGUCCCCAAGGUGGCCAGUGUCCUUGGGACAUAUAACCAGAAUGUCAAGGCCUCGAACGACAAAGUCAAGAGGCCGAUCAGUGACAUUAUCGCAUACGUCAAAAGUGAAGGUGGUGAGUUGCCUCCUAAGAUAAGUAAGCUAAAUAAAACUAAUCCUUCAGAGUCUGACGUCAAGACAGCCGAGGAAUUGGCGAAGGAGUGCGUUGGAAGAGGUAAGGAAUUCGGUAAGGCCUUCACUUCUAAAACACAUAAGCAUUACAUGAAAGAUGCGUUUGAUGAUUUGAAUGCAUCGUUGCGUGACAAAAUUCAUAAUGCCCGUAACAGCGUCGGCCGUGAGACUGCGAUGCUGAGCAGGUGGUCCAAGAAGCAGUAUAAGAACUACGAGGCUAUGGUAAAGUUGAUCAAGCAGGCCUUCAGCAAGCUCAAAGCAAAGGUCAAUUCGAAGAUUGAGAAGGAAGUCACUGACCUGGUCAACAACCUGAAGGGCUUGGUUAGGCGCAUCUUAGCUCAACUAGAAAAUAUCAGUAAGACGCUCGCCAGCUAUGUGGUGAAAUUGGAAACGUGGAUGAAGGAUGCAACAGAAUUUGUUGACAAUGUAUUGCAAAAACAAGUCAACGAGAUUGUAAAGGAACUCGACGCGGAUGAACCAAGCAAAACGCCAAACCACAAGAAAAAUCUUGACGAGGCGAUUAAAAAGGUUGAGAACAAGUUGGAAAAGAGCGUUGGGGAUUUGCAAGCUUGGAAGCAGGUGGCGAACCAACUGCUGGAAGGGACGAUUACGAGUUCUAAUGAAGUGCAUGGGAAAUUGGACCAUACUGAAAAAGUUCCCCCUGAGGGGACGACACAGAUUGGCAAAGGUAUUAAGAAAAUUGAGGAUGCCAAACAAAAAAUUACGGAUGUUAAUGCUGGCCUUCAAACUGUUCACAGCAAUUUGGAAGCCUGGAAUGCUGCGGCAAAAGAUGUGCUUAGCAAUGUGAUUCAGAGGGCGGAGAGUGUGCGUGGCGGGUUGGACCCUAAUCAGAAAGAUGACAAUCAUCCCAUUGGUCACAACAUUGAUAAGAUUAAGACAUCUAACGAAUCGAUUCAAACUGCAAAUUCUAGGCUUCUCCAACAACUUGGUAGGUUGAAUUCAUGGAUUGGCGCAGCGGAGAAAAUCCGUAAGGUUGCCGAGGAAAAGGCUAAGGAAGCGUAUAAUAAGUUGGACGUUAACAGGACGCUGGCAAAGAAAAUCGGGGAGAUUGAAGAGGCCAAUGAGCUGAUUAAAAGUGUUCAUAGUGGGUUGAAUGGUGUUCAUAGCAACUUGGGAAGGUGGAAAGGUGCGGCACAGAAAGUGCUUGACAGCGUCAUUGCCACCACGGGGAUUGUGAAGGAGAACUUGGAGCCUACUAAAAUUGAUGAUGCUCAGGGCCAUCCAAUUGGCCAUAAUAUUGGCGCAAUUACACAAGCAAGACAGGGAAUUGUUACUGCAAAUCAAAAGCUUGGCGCCCACCUUGGCAGUCUGGAGGGCUGGAAGGGAGAGGCUUAUAAGGUGAUUGGCGAAGCGGUGAGCAAGGCGGAAGAGGUUUAUAACAAGUUGGACACUAACGAAAAUAAAGAUCCAAUCGGUAAGAAGAUUAAAACAAUUGACGAUGCUCAAAAGGCAAUUGACUCUGCGAAUUCAAGUCUUCGAGAUGAAGUCACGGCUUUAGGUAACUGGAAGAGAGCGGCUGGAGAAAUUGUCCAAGCUGGGCAAAAUAAAUGUGAUGCAAUUUUGGAGAAAGUUGGAACAGAUGGAAAUUCAAAAGGUGACACAAUUUAUAAGAAAGCCAAAAAGUUAAGUGAAGAUGGUGCAAGGCUUUUCAAGGCUGCGAGUGAGGCCAAGAGCCUUGUUGAGUCCAAGGUUACAGCAGCGCUUGGGCAGGUAAAAGACAUGGACUCUAAGCUGAGAGAGGAUUUGUUUAAGGUUAAGAAGAAUAUUACGGAAGCUGUCAGGAAAUUAGGACAAACGUUGGAAACGAACGUGAAAAAUGAUUUACAUAAGUUGGAACAGGGAGUUAACGGCGGCGUGAAGCAGUAUGUCCACCAGUUGAGAGAGCAUAUUAAUAAGAGUGUCAAGAAGAUUAGGGGGAGUGCAGGGACGGAAGAUGAUUGGAAACGUAAAGACGCUAAAGGCCUGCUCGGCAUUGAGAGUGCGAUAAAACACUAUGCCAAUGCGUUCAGCGGGGCAGAUUCAUUCAACACCAGAGUCCAAGGCUGGCUGGACGCGAUUUGGGGGAAGGGUGAUGAGGGGAAGGAAAAUCAUAAGCUGCAAGAGUGGCUUAAGGCGUGGAUUACUGCAAAGGGUGUGAAUUUGUCGAUGGUACGAUUGAGGGUUCUGGGUGGCAUAUCCGAUAUGGAAGCAUUACGCAAGGCAAUAAUUGAAAAGAUCAAGGGGAAGUUUAAGGACGACGCAGGAAAAACAGCCGGUGAAAAAGUUGAAAGUGUAAAAGGUGACGGCAAAAGCAUCGAAAAAAAUGUCCAAGCCGUAAGGGAUGGGUGCAAUGAAUUCGUCAGCCAGCUGGAUGUGAAAUUUAAGAAUGGUAACCAAAUUGCCAAGGAGAUUGCACAAGCCGUUGCGGAUGAGGUUAAAGGUAAAAUUAUGUAUGGCACUAUAGAGGAGAAGCAUAUAACACCACUCGUCGAGGCCACCAUGAUAGCCCUGCGCACAACCGUCCACCAGGUGGCCAGCGAAAUUGACUCCAUUCUCCUCAGCGACUACAGGAUGGGCGGCGAAAAAACCGGUAUACACAUCGCAAAGGCGUUGGACAAAGCCGUUAAAGCAACCAGGGAUCUGGAAACUACGCUCAGCAAGCCGACUAGUGAGCAAGGCUCCGGCAAAAAUGGCAACGGUAAAGCAGAUGAGGAGAUUAAAGGAGAACUUGAUAAAAGCUUUAAGAAGGAGCCUGGCGCCACUGGUGAUCCAAGUAAAUAUCAUUUUGAUUCACAUUUCAUGAAUGAUUUCAGCACAGAGAGCAGUAGGCUCCAACUUGGCACGCUGAAAAGCAGUGAUGGAAAUGAUGAUGUGCUUAAGCAACAGUUCGGGGAUGAUGAUAGCAGUAAAAGAAUCACUAAAUUCGCUCAAGGAAAAUUCACCGGUUACCAAAAAUAUGUCACAGACAAAAUAUCCUCCCUUAAAACCGAUACGCUACAAAACAUCGCAGAGGCUGGUGAUCUUCCCAAGGACAUCGGGGAGAUCACGACUGUGGGACUGGAACCCUUCGCUCAGAAUGGUGUCGACACAAUACUCAGCACAGGAGAAAAAACCUUUAAAAUCCCGUCCUACGCAAUAGAAACAGAGCUCAAAGCAAUCGCUUGGCUCGUCGACAAGGGAAAUGGACAGGCGCCGGCAGGCAAAAACGGAGAUGAAGAUGGUGUAAAAGAUUUGUUGAAAAGGCUUCAAGAGGGGCUGCAAAAUGGAAAGUUGAAAGAACUAAAAGGCAAAAAUGUCAAAGGCCUUGCAAAAAUACAUGAAGCAAUUCAAAAUCUGAAGAGAGAGACGUACGUUCCAAAAUCCGGUGAAAUCGGUACAGCCGUCAACCUUAUUAAGGCGCAGCUUGAAGAGCUCAGGAAGCAGUUGAAGAAAGAUGGACAAAAUGAUAAAACUGCCGUUGUCAACGCGUUGAACGAUUUGCAAAAAGAGGGCCUUGGGAAAAAUUCAAAUUGGAAUCCAACUAAAAGUGGUAACCCAGUGGACGGCCUGAUGAAAAUCCAUGAGGACAUCAAAAAGCUUCAUGACGAAGAAUUUACUAAAAAUCCAAGCACAAUUGGAGAAUACGUACAAGUGAUAAGCUCGACGCUUGGAGAACUUCAGAGUAAUUUGGAAAGCAAUGUCACCGAGAAGUUAGAAGACUUGAGGGAAUAUGCCCUUGAAUAUGGUGGGAACUGGACCGUUGACGGCAAAUUUGUAGACGGAAUUGAGAAAAUCAAAGGGGAGCUUCAAGCACAAAAUAAAACAUUGUCCCAGCAGCCUGGUAAAAUCGACAAGGCCAUAGAAAAAAUUAGGUUGGAACUUGCACUAAUCGGAUUCAGGUUGAAUGAUAAAGACAUUGAUAGUGACGUAGUCGACCAGUUGACACGAUUGAAAGAGAAGAUUGGCAUGGGUGACGCAACUAAUGGAAAUCUUCAAUACAUUUAUGAUGUGAUUCAAAAAUUGCAAGAAGGGGAAUUUACUCAUAGACCCAUAGAAAUCCGCAAUUCCAACGAGGCCAUAAAAAGUGAGCUUAUCAAGCUUAGAACUGUGCUGCAGGGCCACAAGGACAGUGAUGUCAUUUUGACGCUGAACGAUUUGCAGAACAAUGGACUGAGUGGUGGAAAGUGGAAUAAACAUGGAAAUGAAAAAGGCCUUGACGCAAUUAAAAAUGCGCUUCAACUUCAACAAAGUGAUUUAAACAAACAACCCGGCAACAUUGACCAAGGCGUCAAGGAGAUCACCGGUGAGCUUACAAAGCUUCAGACGCAGUUGACUGAACAGGUCACCAGCAAGUUGGAGACACUGAAAGAUCAGGGACUUGAGAAAGUUGAUAAAUGGACAGUUGACAGUCAGCAGGCUAAAGGCCUCACUAAAAUCACCGGGGAGAUUGACGAGAUAAAAAGCAAGGACGUCGAAGACGUCAAGCAUCAACUCAAGAUGCUCUGCAGCGCCAUAAAGCACGGCUCGAGAGCGCUGAGAGACAACUUAAAGUACAUGAAAGAGACUCUCAUCGACGAAGGGCUGAAGAAAAUCAAGGACCAAAUUAACAGUCUCCGCUCCAGGCAGCUGGAGGCUGCGAUCAGGGAGUGCAGGGCUUUCAUCGACAGGGACGCCGACGUGUUCAAGAAAAGAUGCAUCGACGAGCUCACGAAAUACGUCGACCAGGAACUCAAGGCGUCGGAGGAAGAGCUGUUACAGGAGGCCCGCCGGCAGUACGUGUCCACUAUACAAGAAAUGCUGAUGAGUUUCGUCGCCAAGGUGGAAACGGAGCUGGAGGAGUUGCCUGAGGAAAUCGAUCGAGACUUGACGAUAGGAUUUAAGGGGUUUAUGAAGACGCUGGAGGAUGGGACAACUGAUGAUGUAAGCACCGGUAAAGGGGAAAACAUCAAUAAACUUGUAAACGUCAAGUAUCCAAAAGAUGUCUCAGCACUGUCGUCGGCUUUCAUGAAAUUCUUCGGGCCACUGAAGGAUUACGUGAAGAAUGAGAUUAUGAGGGCGCAUGAUGAAGAAAGCAAAAAGACAAACCCUUCACUCCCGCCGCCGGCGGAGCCCUACGCCCCGAAGCUCUAUGAAGUCAACGCCGCGAUUAACACGGUGCUCAUCCAUAUUCAGAAUAUACAAGGCUACGAUCACAGACUCCCCGGUCUGCUCAACGAUCUGAUUAAGGCGUUGGGUGAAAUGAAGCCCGAAACCUUCGGUAAGAUCACAACUCCGCUGCUGAACACUGUCGGCCGUGGCCUCCGUGAAUUCGUCGCUGAGUUCGGCGACGCUUACGUCUCCACAUACUCUGGCGCGGAGUGCCGGGAUGCUGACGCCGACAAGUACGCCAAGGUGUUGCUGAGCAUGAUCCCGAUGGCUCACGAUGCGCUUAGCAACCUGGAGACCAAAUGCGGCACCAACUGGCGAAACAACAAAAUAUGCGAGUUCACCCCCGACGACAGGGACAACGGCCUGGGCAACUGCCUCGCCAAAUGCGGGUACAAGGUGUCUCUCACCGACGGACUCCAGGAGGGGGAGUUGCAGAAUCAAUUUUCGGGCGGCGCAGUGUAUGAGUUGCUUAAAUCCCCAGUUGAGAAUGUCAGCGUCAAAAUGCUGAUCGAUGGCAAGUCGGCAGAGAAAGAAAUUAAAGUUGUUGACAUUCUUGCGCUUUGCCAUAACAUGUUAUGUCGUUACCUCCAGGCGUGCCACCUUAAGGUGCACGCAUCGCCCAGAUACCCCUGCACGGUGAGGGACAUGCUGUCGUGGCUUACAGGCCUGCAGUACACUCCGGUGGCGGACCAACUGACCGACCACUGCAGAGCGUUGCUCAACCGCAACUGCGACGAUAACGAUACACCCAACAGGGAGGAUAAAGUCAUGGUGCAGUGCAUAAAUGGCCUGCCGUUCACUAUCGCAGAAGCGUGUUCGUACGCCAACUCAUUGCUCGUAACCAUACAGGGCCGCGGUCGCGGCUUUGACCUCGCCGCCUACCCCUACUCCGUCGACUUCGCCAACAACACCGCACAGCUGUACUACCCGGACGACCCCGCCGAGGUGCUGGAUAUGUUGAGGGGCAUAGUAUGCCGCCUGUGCUCAGUGCUCUAUUUCCUCUACGCCCAAUGCUGCCGUGCCACCGCCGAAACCAAGGGCUGGCGGGAGUGCCACUACGGUCGGCAGGUGCCGUCCUCCCACUGGCAGUGUAACACCUUCGACAGGCAGGCCACCGACGCAAGUCACAACUGCCCGCCCACCUCGCCGCUGCAGUCUUUCCUCACCGACAGCUGUCCUAACCUCCUGCCGCAUAAGCUUACCGCUACUGACAAUGCCAUCGAAUGCGUCGACUGCCCCGGCAACCUACCGGGUCAGCAGUGCCUCACCCCGCUCGGCUUCUGGGACCUUGGCCUCGCUGCCUCAGUGGAGCGCACCGGCAAGGAUCUUGCCAAGUCACUCGGCCGUCUCUGCAGUGACGCCGACGCGUGCCUCUUCCAACUCUGCCGAACGCUGUCCUUGCUGUGCCCCUCAGCACCGCAGUCACUCGGCGACGUGUUCGCGUUGUUCACUCAUCUGCUCAGAACGUGGGACCACGAAUCAUCUCGAGGAGCGUACUCCCACCAUGAGAGUUACGUAACGCACCUGAACGACAAGGCCAUCGACAGCCUCUUCCCACUGUGGCCACAGCUCCACGGCAGCUACCAGAAUGCCAAGCUCACCGACGCCCUCAAGGCACUCGUCGGCCAUGAUCAUGGUGAUGACAGCCACGAUGCCCUCUCCAGUCUCUCCGCCGAGCCGCCUUGUCAAUCACCCAGUGGAUGCGCCCCAUUCCUGCAGCCGCUGGCGCUGCACGCCAACCACACCUUCCCGCAGAAGCACGCACAGCUGUAUAUCUCUUGGUCUCUCCUUGAUGCUUUGAACAACAUCGACUGCACGGCCCACGGCUGCGCCACGUGCCCUAGUUCGCCCGGCAACCACGGCGACAAGGACGCCUGCCACUGUCCCUCAGUCGUCGAAUGUGGCGGACCCCUGCCGGCGCUCUACCGCUACGGAUUCACUUAUCGCAACGCCCACGUCCUGGUAGCCGGCAGCCAGAGGACGCGGUGCAGUGACCUCAACGACCAACUCACCAAGGCCCUGCAUUCUAACCACUUCACGGAGUUGUUCCACCAAAUCGAUGAGUUCCUCUACUGCAUCCGCCUGCCCUUCCUUCUCACCACCGUAGCGCUUUGGCUCAUCGCCACGCUCUACAUCCUCGGCGUACUCCUCUACCGCAUGGACGUGCUGCGCAUCCGCUCCCACCUCCUCACCACCGCGGCCUCCCACCAAGUUGACGUCAAGGCGCUUCUCACCACCAGCCGCAAGAUGCUCUCACUGUACCACGGCGUCGACUACUUCGACGAUGACCCAAUGGGUCAACUUGAUGCCUCACAGUAA